AAAGAAAAAUAAUAAUAAUAAUAAUAAUAAAAGUAAUCACAGGGCACUAACAAACGCCGAAGACCCUCACCUUCCCCUGCUUCUCCUCCUCCUCUGAUGUUCUUCGAGUCAAGAACUCCCAAAAACCCAACAGCAUGAGGUUUCUUUCUGAAGAUCCGACCGACGAAUCGUUAAAAGAUUCGAUCUGUAAACCAGAUUGCGACGAGUCGAACGAGUACUCUGGAGUUUGCCGAAUAGCCUGUCUCACAGCCUGUCCCGACAUCUGCAGGUUCGGAGUCGUCGAUCUUUCUCCACCUCCGGCCACUUACCAUGGCCACAAGAACCCGAAAAAGCUGUCUGUCAUAUCCGCCUCGGCCAUCGUCUCUGCCAUCCUCGUAGCUUGUCUCGUGACCAUCUUCUUCAAGUCAGGAUCAAGAUCAAGGACGAGAACGAGAUCGAGAUCGAGAUCAAGAACGGACGAGGAGACACGAGGUGAGUCUCUUGACGAAGUUCACGGACCCGCGGUUGACCAUCCGAUCUGGUAUAUUAGGACAGUUGGGUUGCAGCCGUCGGUUAUCGAUUCGAUCACGGCGUUCAAGUACAAGAAAGGGGAGGGUCUUGCCGACGGAACAGACUGUUCCGUUUGUCUGAGCGAGUAUCAAGAAGACGAGGCCCUUAGGUUAUUACCCAAGUGUAACCACGCUUUCCAUGUCCCUUGUAUCGACACAUGGCUUAGAUCACACGUCAGCUGCCCUCUCUGUCGAGCUCCAGUCGUAGUCAACGCCGAGAAUUCGUCUUCUGGGGCGAACCCGGACGAGAUUCUCGAGAUGAUUCCAGAGGAAAACGAUGAAGAAAGGGAUAGAAAUGAGCAAGAAAGUGAAGAACAUGAUCAUGGAGAUGGUGAGGUUAUUGUCGAAGUCGAAGAGGAUGAGAUGCAACGGGUGAGAAGAUCGGUGUCUCUGGAUUCUUUGUCGGCUCUAAGGAUCAGCGAGGCCGUUUCAUACGAAUCGAAAGGGAUGGAAUUGGAUUCAGGAGAGCGAGAAAGCGCAGAGAAGAAGAUGAAGAGAUCGGUUUCUUGCAAUGGGAAGUUCUUCUUGGCAAGAUAUGCAUAAGCUGAGGCAAAGACCCAACAAAAUUCAGAAACAUGAAGAGAUUUUGUCUGUAUUUGCCCUUUCCCGGCAAGGAUUUGAUUCAAAGCUGUAAAAACUCUCAAUAAGGCGUAGAGGUUUUUGCAAGUGUCCUCUGUUUUUAGGUUAAUGGGGUUUUGGGGUCCUAAAUUUAAUAAUAAUGCAAACCCAAAGUAGUGGUUGAGUUUUUGGUCGACGAACGCAUGCAUUCGUUGAGCAAACAAAACCGAAAUUGAGAAAA